UGCCCCCGCCGGAAGCGGCCGCAGCGCUGGGGAUGGAGGCCGCGGCUGGCGGUGGCCGCGGGGCGGGCGGCAGCGGGGCGUAGCGCCGGGCUCGCCGCCAUGCCCAAGUACUACGAGGAUAAGGAGGAGGACGGGCGCGCCUGCGGCGGCGUGAGAGAGGACCUGCGGCAGUGCCUCCUGGAGAGCCCCUGCGUCCUGCAGGAAAACAAAAGCCCUAAACAAUGCUUGAGGGAAGGACACUGUAGGAGUUUGCAAGUGACAUUCUUUGCAUGCAAAAGAUCAAUGUUGGAUACCAGGGCAAGAUUCAGAGGAAGGAAGGGAUACUGAAGUCCUCAUCAAGAGACCUAGCCAUGGGAAUUCGGGGUUCAUCAACUCUCUACACAAACCAGGGAUUAAAGUAAGAAGAUGGUACCUGCUGCAUCCUUUCAUGCAGUGUUUUCGUGGAAGGUAUCUGCUCCUGAGUAUUCCAACAGAUUGACCUCAAUGUGCAUUUAAAUGUUAAAAAGAAGGCAAGCAUAAAGCUGCAACUUCUGGGUACUUGUUAUGUAAUUACAAUAAAAAUGUGAAAUCCAGAACAA